CACACGUCAAGUUUCAUCCUAGACGCCAGCGCUCGUUCCUCCCCUGGCGGAGCAUUUCACCUCCCACGGGUGUACAUUUCCGCCGCUUCCAGAGCUCGCGCAAGCCCGCGUUGCACGCGAAACAUUGCAAUGGCGCCUCUUCGGAAGCGUGGUAAUUACUGUUGUGUUGUUAACUGCCAUAACAGCAAUGUAAACACGAAAGGGUUGAUGCCACCAGUGAGAUUCUACCGAUUCCCAACUAAAUGGUACGAAAAAAGCAGACGACAGGCAUGGAUUACCGCAGUGCGCCGAACAAAUGCUGAUGGAAGUCCGUGGUCGCCAACAGAGACAACACGGAUUUGUAGCAGACAUUUUGUUGGAAACUGCAAGAAUGACAGUAACCAACACCCGUCGUAUGUGCCGACCAUUUUUCCGGCGGCGUACAAGAAACGGACACCUGACCCAGAAGUGGCGCAGAGGUGGAAACGGCGUUUUGAAAGGGCAGCCAGAACAAAUUCUGCGGAGCAGGCUGUGCCGCAGAGUACUCCUCAAGUUGAUCCAGCAGUGCAAGAUCAAGAUACCACUGCUUGCCUGGGCUUCGAUGACACACUUCUAAGUGAUUUGGAAUCACCAGAGAUGCCUCUUGCACCCAUCAGUGAUGAUGACCCUCAGCCUUCGGCAGUACCUUGUGAAAGACUAGGACAGGCUCAUCCAGUUACACAAGCUGAUGCUGCAUGCCAAACAGAGCCAGAAUGCCGAGGAAACCUGAUCAUCCUCCUGUCAACAACAAACGGGUCUGAGGCAUCAACUCAAGUUUCUCACACCGAACAAUGUGACAAGGUCACUGGGACUGAUGGAAGCUGGAAGAGGAAGUGUGAAUUCUUUGGAUUUGAGACACUUAAGCAAAAGGAGACUGCUUUGCGAGAUAUAUGCGGAGUCACCAUACAGGUCUUUAGUCUUUUGCUCAAUGUUCUGCCACGGCCCAGCUACCGAAGCACAGACAUGACCCGUGAGGACAAGCUUUGUCUUUUCUUGGCCAAGCUUAAGCUUGGGAUAAGCUUCAGUGCUUUAGCUGUGAUUUUCGGAGUGGCUGCAUCAACUGCAUCCAGUUCAUUUAUAAAAACACUUGACAUACUUAGCGCAACCUUGAAGGAGUGGAUAUUUGUGCCACCAAGAGCUAUCAUCAAGCAGUGCAUGCCACAGCCAUUGAAAGAUAAUUACCCAGAUUGUACAUUUAUUAUCGACUGCACAGAAGGUCGAACUGAAAUGCCAGCAAAGCCCGACUGCCAGCACAUACUCUACUCUAAUUACAAGGGAGGCUAUACAUUGAAAGUCCUUGUUGGUAUAAUUCCAAACGGAAUGAUAGCCUUCAUGUCAGCGGUAUAUGGUGGGCGGCAGACUGAUUCCUUUAUUACCCAGGACUCUGGUUUUCUGAACCUUGUACAAGAAGGCGACAUUAUAGGUUUUCCGCGUAUCCGGACAGAUGUAAAGGACAAAGGUGGUGUCAUUUUGAUGCCUCCCUUUAACUCGGGAGGUGGCCAACUUUCUCAAGAAGACAUGGAUGCAACAUAUAAAAUUGCAUCUGUGCGUAUCCAUGUCGAGCGGGUUAUUCGCAGACUGAAAGUGUACAGGAUCCUGCGCAACACAGUGCCCUUGACUUUGGUGCCGCACAUGGACAAAGUGUUCUCGGUAUGUGCUGCCUUGGUCAACAUGCAGCCACCGAUAAUUCGAAAGAAAGAAUAAGUGCAUUGUUUGUAAUACUUUGCAAGCGAGUUUUGGAUGCAAAGGGAAUUUAACACAUAAAUCAAGAUUACCAGUGUUAUGUCUUGCACACAUGCUAGUGGAGUCAUCAUCAUCAUUAGCCUAUAUUAAUGUCCACUGCAGGAUCAAGGCCUCUCCCUGCGUUCUCCAAAUUACCCUGUCUAAUUGCUCUAGCUGCUUCCAACUUGCGCCUGCGAAUUUCCUAACUUCAUCAUCCCACCUAGUUUUCUGCCGCCCUCGACUACGCUUUCCUUCUCUUGGUAUCUAUUCUGUAACUCUAAUGCUCCACCGGUUAUCCAUCCUACGCAAUACAUGGCCUGCCCAGCUCCAUUUUUCCCUAGGCAAGUAUAAAGUGACAAAUGUGGCAUCGUGAUGCACCGGCACAUUUCCGUUUCUAAAUUUUCAACGAUUUCUCAUGUAGUUCAUUCAUCUGUGAGGCGUUUUUAGUUGUGUGCUGGGUGCACAGCAUGAUUGAGUUAGGUUGUGGUGCCCUGCAAUAUUUGUCUCUACUGUAUACACAAUUGUUUUUGUUUGCAUAUGUAUGGCUUAUGCCUUCAAUAAAGAUUUCAUUUACCAG